AUGGAGGACAUGAAGGAUGAAGAGAAAUCAUUUUUACUUGAAUUGCAACAAAUGCAUCAUGUGAAGUUUGCGGAGCCCAGGGACCCAAUUCUUGAAAUCAAUGAAAAUAAAUAUUUGGUAUUUUUGAAAAAAGAUCUAAGUGAAAAAAAUAUGCCUAAUUCCAUUGAUGACAAUGAAAAUUGUUCUUUGACUUCAGAUAUAACUGAAGAAAAUCUACAGUCAAAUUCCAAUGAUGACAAUGAAAAUUAUUUUACUUCAGAGAAAACGUGUGAUCCAUGUGAUCCAGCAAAUGAAUUACCCAAAUAUCAGCUUGAAAAAAAAGAAAGAAUAAUGAAAGGGCCUUUCUGUCCUAAAUUGGACAUAUAUCCUAGAUCUAAGUUUGGAAAUACUUUACGAAGUUUUAAUAAGUCCUGGUAUUUAAGUUUUGAUUGGUUGGAAUAUAGUCCUAAACUUGAUCGUGCAUUUUGUUUUCCAUGCCGUAUGUUCAUGGCAUCUUCAGGAAUUAAUGCGGGAUAUACUGACUUAGCAUUUACUCAAGUGGGAUUUAAAAAUUGGAAUAAUGCAACAUCAAAGUUUAAAAUGCAUCAAAACACAAAAAAUCAUUGUCAUAAUGUAAAAGCCCAUAGUGAUUUUUUAAAUGGUAAAUCUAUUAAUAUUCUUCUUGAUGAUUGUAAAACAUUAUUGAUUAGUCAAAAAGAAGAACAACGUCAACAUAAUCGAAGUAUAAUGCGGCGAUUGAUUGAUGUAACACUUUGUUUAGCAAAAAGUGGGAAACCUUUUAGAGGUCAUCAUGAAAACAGCUCUUCUGUCUCUAAAGGUUUAUUCUUGGAUUUUAUAGAUGUUUUGAAAAAGUAUGAUAAUGUAUUGGAAAAUCAUUUAGAAAAGGGUGCUCUUAAUGCAAAAUAUUAA